CAUUGGCAAAAAAAGAUAAUUGAUCUGAGAUUAAUCUCUGCAGUAUCAGUGAUGUGGGGACAUUUAAUUAGGCCAUGACAAUUGUGAAUAAUGCUCUGCUCUGUUUUAUGCUGGAAGAGGCUCUCUCGUUUAACUGUCCAUGAGACAGCAGUUAUUUAAGUAUUAUAAGUAAAACAGCAGCAGCACUAAACUGAAUUAUCAUAGUCAGAUAUAAAGCUGAUAUGUGUAUGCUUGGAACCAAUUGAAGCUGCCUCAGCCUUUAGUGUUUAUCAGCUAAUAUAUGCUGACUGUGAUCAAAAUCUGAAGAAUCUGAUGAUGAAGAUCUGAUGAAAGAGCUGCUCUCUUCCCCAGGGCACAAAGUCAGCAUCACCGGUGAUGCUGCAGACUCAUCUGACUUCAGUGAAUGCCUUGAGCACAGAGUGGUAUUAUUAGAUUACCUGUGAUGAAGUGAGUUAGAUGCUGUUGCCAAAUGCCUGGUUGUUAAGAGGUGCAGGUGUGCGUAUGUGCAGGUUUAUCUGUGUGUGUGCACCCCUGAAUACGUGUGUGAACUUAUUAAUGUGUUAAAUUUGCAUUGCAAAUACGUUAUCUUCCUGGAAAUACACAAUUAACCAUCCAUGACAAUGCUACUUUCCUUGAAAUUUCACGCCACCCUCAUCUCCACAGGUCCAAUUCACCCUCCUCCUGCAUCAGCCUUGGUCUAAUUGCAUUUACCUGUUGGAGCAAAUCCCAUUUGGGAAAUUCAAUACACAUUCUGAAUUAAUCGUCUUCUCUCCAUCAUUAUGGUCUGAGACUCGCGGCACCUCAGUUUUACUGUCCAAAAUAUUGAGGUCAUAAAUACUUAAAUGCGAAGGCAAAUGAAUCGAUAUGAAGAUCAUUUUUCAAGACAGCUGGUGAUGUGCUCUGGGAUUUUUUUAUUUAACACCAAAACUCAGUUUGCUAAUGCUGGCAUUGUAGAAACAAAAUAAGUGAGUAAAGGCUAAUGCUGUAUAAUUCAAAAGGUCACAGCUUUCCAUCUGUAGACAAUUAAUGAAGAUUCUCCAAAGGACAGGCUGUGUUUAACAAGAUAUUCUCUAAGAUAAUCAAACCAGUGAGGCUUACGGUCAAAGCAGUGCCUUGUUGUUAUAAAGCAAGUGCAAAGAUUAAAUAUAGAUGUAUGUAAGGCAAGGAGAAUGUAAAAUAUGUUAAUACACAGUAAUUUGUUAUUUUUGUAUGUGAUAAUAUUUUGUGCAAGGAUGUACAGCUGAAUACACUUUCAAAUAAAUGAACAGCGUCAAAAAAAAAUGUCUUCUAUAUUUCAGAUUUUUCCAGAUACAACUGUCGUUUCUUCACACUAUAGGAAGUGACAUCACAUGUUGACAGUGUGGUUCAGGCACGCCUCCCUGGAAAUAAAGAGAGGGGAGAGGGCAUAAGAUAAACCAUGGAAGAUUCAGAGGCAGACAUUGGAUUGGCAUGGCUGUGUGCAGCUCAGCAUUGCAAUCUGUAUCCAUGAGGCUCCUUCCUGGACAUUUGGAUUCUCCCUCCACAGCCACACAGCCUUGAUACGGCGCUGGAUAGCGUAACGCUGAGCUGUCGUGCUUUCACAGCAUGUUGCAGGGCAUUGGGAGAUAGAGAGGGAAUAAUAAAGGGGGGGGGGGGGGGCAACCUCACCACACACUUGAGCGAUGUUCCGUGAGCUGCUCUCUCUCUCUUUUCAGAUCGUCAGCCUUUUCUACACAGAGAUCUGGGACUAAUGGAGGGAUGCAACGAUGUUACUCUUUGCUUGUCAUGCUUGAAUCACAGCUUCUUGUAUCCUUUUGUGUCAGAGACCUUAUUGCCUUUGUCUGUCACUGCUGCCAGAUCAACUGUGGGGUAGCGUGGCGGACACAGCCCCCUCCUCAACCCCCCUCUCCCUUGUCUGUGCCCCCGGCUUCUCAUCACUCCCAGCUCGCUCGUGUCUAUUUACCUCUCUUAAGCUACCCUCCCCUCUCUGUUAAGCUCCGUCUUUCUUGCUCUCCUGCUCCCUACUGCUUACUAUCUCCCUCUCUUUGCUCUUUCAAAGCAGGCAGUCUGCUAUUCUAUCCAGGCAGCUUGCUACAUGAUCUCCUGGAAAACAGUUUUCGCCGCUGCUCUGCCGCCUCACAGUUCCUGAGCCGAUUUUCAUCUCCACAGCAGCAGGAUGUUCCUUCACAAGGAUUGAUCCCCGUCCACCCCCUUUCACUUUCCCCUUCCCUUCCCUUGUCCUGAUCUCCUGCCCUCUGACCCUCACCCUUUUGUUCUCUACCCCCACCCACCCUCUCCUGUUCGCCCUGACCCCCCCAAACCUCUUUUUCUCCUAAUUCAUUUCACCCCCUUGACCAUGUUGCCAUGUGUCUGCUGGCUCCAACCUAUCCUCAUCUUGCUGUCCUCUGUCUUAUGGACCCGGGGGGAAAACUGCCCAGCAACCUGCCUGUGCCCAGAUCCUCACACUGUGGACUGCAGCGGCCGCGGGCUGACCCGUCUACCUGAUGAGAUCCCCUUGGAUGUGCGUAGGCUUUUGCUGGCCGACAACUGGAUACCCCGCAUCCCCUCAGACUUCCUGGUUCUGUACAGUGACUUAGUCUACUUGGACCUCCGGAACAACUCCCUCUCCCACAUAGAACCGGGGACGCUCAGCACGUCUUCCAGACUGGUGUUCCUGGACCUGGGCAGCAACAAUCUGACUGAGAUCCCCAAGGGGACAUUUGGGGAGUCCCGUAGCCUGAUCAAACUACGACUGGGCAACAACCCAUAUCUGAGCAUGGUGAGUGAGGAUGCUUUCCUGGGCCUCACCUCUCUGAGAGAACUGGAACUGGAGCGUAAUGCCCUGUCUACCCUAAAGGUGGGGGCACUGAGUCAGUUGCCCUCCCUGCGGGUGGUGAGGCUAGAGGGCAACCCCUGGGUAUGCAAUUGCAACUUUGCCAACCUGUUUGCAUGGCUGAUGGAGAACAGUCACAAGCUUCCAAAUGGUGUGGAAGGCAUGGAGUGUUCCCUCCCCAUGGACGGCAGACGUGUGUCCCUGACCCAGCUCUCGAAGGACAGCUUCCGUGAGUGCCAGGCCACCCUGACUCUAACAGACCUGCUCAUUAUCAUUUUCUCUGGCAUCUCGGUGUCUGUGGUUGCCAUAAUGACAAGCUUCUUCCUAGCUUCAACUGUUCAUUGCUUCCAGCGCUGGAGUAAAGGCACCAAAGGGGACGAGGAGGAGAGUGAGGAGUGAAAUGGAUUUACUUUUAAGGGCCCGCAUGGAACAGGCGCAUCAAACUGUGAGAGGACACCGCAGACAAUGUGCGCUACAAGUGACAAGUUUCAUGCUGCUUCUGGUGAAUAUGCAGGACUGUUAAACGGUAGGAUCUCGUCCCUGGUACAGUUGCAGUUGUUGUCUUUGCACAUGGACAUUUGAAAUACAGUAACAAAGGACAUUCCCAAGGAAUGAGCCAAAGUCCUAAGAAAAAGUAGUGAGUGCCCAACUCCACUUGCAAAUGAUAUUAUAGAGUUCAUAUUUUUGGGCACAAGAGCAUGUGGUCAUGUUUUAUGGCUACUGGCUCUUGGCUCAGUGUUAGGCCUACAGAAAUAUUGUAAGGCUGACAUCUUUAUUAUGAAAGAGAAAUAGAUUUUAAAAAAAGAAGUGUUGCUGCAGUGCUUGCAGUUCUGUCACGUUAGUCUUAGACAAGCCAAUAACUUAAAUAAUGAUCACAAGGAGUCUGAAUCCUGUAAAGUGACAUCAAAUACCUUUUAGAUGGUUUUCAUUGGGGUUUUAUCUGUGUAGGGCUGAACGCUUAAUCUUGAUCCCAUAAAAGAAAAAAGAAAAAAGGAUGUCAUACCGACCAGUGACCUCAGUAUUUAACUGCCUAUAACAUGAUAUGCUGGCAUAUCCUGCCAUUUACAAUGUCUAUAUUGGACAGUCUCACUCACCAACAUUCAAAAGUGGUUCACAAGCACCUGAGAAGGCAAAUACUGUUGUUCCUUCGGCCUGUAAAGUUAGACAGUGACAGGUGUUAGUCAGAUAGGAGGGAUUUGGACAGGGAUGAGAUGUUUGAUAGGUGAUGUGCUGUAGGCAGGGUCUACACGUUCUUUUAGUAGUAUAUUCAUUAUAUAAUCACAAAUUUAUGUACAAAAGAAAACAAUGUACAGUCAAACAAAUAUAUAAAGAGGAUAUACUGUACUUUCCUUAGAUUGGUAAUUGUGAAAUGUGUAGAAAGCAAUUCAUAAAAUAUCUACAAUAUAAUCAUGAAAAUUAUGGCAAAUACAGUAUUAAAAUAGAAUCUGUGUAGAACUUGUGUCAAACAACGCACUUUAAAUGGUGAACCUAAUUUUGGCAAAGCCCCUAAUUACACCAUGUAGACUGAUUUUAUCUUCAUCUGCCAAAGAUCAGGUUUUUGGUGAAGGAGAGAUUGCAUAUAAGGACUUUGUUGUGGAUGAAGUUUUAUCUAGCGAGGUAGUGAUAGAUCCUAAAUAGAAGGCAACACUAUAGCCAAAUCACAAUCACACUCUGUAUACACAUAUACUCAGUCAAACAGUUAUGGUCUCCAAAGCUUUACAUUUUCUUCUAGUCUGUCCAUGACUGAACCAGCUGUCUUACUUGGCUUCAUACAUGGCAAGUCUUUGACCUCGAUUUUAACGGCAAAGUGAUUUCAGAACAAAUAGUUACUCACUGUAUGAGGGUGGCGAGCCAGAGGUUAGUUUCUUUAGGAAUAAAUAGUUGUCUGUUGUUGUGUUUAAGACACCCAAAAUAUAUACAUCAUGGAGCUUAUUGUCCUUUUACUAAAGAUCUUCCAAUAUCUUAUAGCAGUAGCAACGGCAGUAAAGCUGCUGAUUUGAUAUCCUGAAGAAGUCUUAUACCGAAACUCUUACUGUAUCAGCAUCUGCAUUCAUAAGAGCGACAGUACAGUACAGUCUAAAUCAAAUAAAGCAGUGCCCUAAAUUUUAUGGGUUUCUGUUCGUUAUUUGCAUCUUGUAUAUUUAAAUUCUCCAUGAUUAAGAUUUGAAAGGCACAAAGCUGGACUCUGCAUUUUUUUAUUCUCGUAAGGCAUGAAUAAUUCAGCAAAAUUGAGAUAUGAAACAGAAAGAAUGUCAAGCCUCUAAAUGCAAACAAGCAGGGCAUAGAAAAAGAGCCGCAAACAAAUAGUCAUCGUUUCUGUGUAUGCUUAACAAAAGAUAGAAAAAAGGAAUUCCAAACGCCUGCAUCCCUUUAGAAACAAGUCACAACCCUGAACGUGCUGCGUUCUGAAGCACGUUUUGCAGAAGUGACAGUAAAUAAAUGUGGCCUUAUUUACUUUUUGUUAUUUUUUCACAAGUAUCAGUAUCAAUAAAAGCACAAAGAUUUCACACAAAACUUAUGCGAUCCCCAGUCCACUUUAAAGGAUGUGUCACAUCACAUGUUGGUACCAGCCUGUGUCGUCACAGUAUGUUUUCAUUAAUGUGUAUUGUCACAUGUUGUGCUGAAAGUGCCACAUCCUUAUAAACAGAGUAAGAUUUGUACUGUAUAGAUGUUGUGUAUUUGCCAGAAUUCAGACCAUGUGGGACACUUUGAAGACACAUGCCCAUUGGAAAUUAAUAUUCAUUGAUAACAGCCAAUUGACCUUUUUCUAAACCCCUUCCCUAAACAGCAACUGUCCAAUCAUAGCUUAGUAACUGUAACUAGGCACAUCACUUUGGAUUUCUCCAUUUCCAUUCAAACAUCAGAUAUAGUACAGUCCUGAAGAGGAAUACCACUGAAUUUCAUAUUCAAACUCUGCCAUUCCUGAUUCUUGUGACAGUUUGGUCAGUGAUAGUGAACUACACCUAAUACUUUAUCACUCAUUGCCAGAGUAAAGGUGCCCACAGCUGAGAGAAUGAGGGUACAUUAAAGUUAACUCCCAAUGAAAAGUGUAAAACCAUUUUGAUUUUGUGUGAGUCUAGAAAGCAAGUUUCCAGUCGUUGGUGUGAGAAGAGCAGGGUCUUAUGUUCUGAAAACAAACUAGUGACUGCUUACCACCACAUGAAUAGUUAAAGUGGAUAGAUUAGAUUGAGUGGUUUUCCCCUUAAACAGAUGAGAAACUGCUUUUCUAACAGCUAUCUGAAGGUGCAGACCUGAGUCAAGGGAUCAGAGGGAGAGUUUUUUAUACAUAUCAUUAUCAUUUCCAACUACUGUGUAGUUACUGUAUAUUAACAAAUUAUUAUGUUAGCUUAGCUGUUAGCUUGACGCAUAUGUUAGCAUGACAUUUUCCUUUCUCUUACUCAUUUUAUUAAGUAACAAAUAUCAGCACAUUAGAGCAUGCACUGUUGAGUUACCUACAGUAUAAAGUACAGAUUCAUGUCUAUUUUUCUAUUAAACCUUUCAGAAUGAAACAUUUAUUUACUUUGUCAGUCCCCAAAGAAUUUUUUUUCUUCUUCUUCUUCUUUUUUGGCAUUGCGCACCCCGGAAAGCAGAGACGCUGGUGGCUGUUUUCCUACAGUUUGUCUUGACAUUGCUUAAAAUACCAAAUUCCAUGUAAUGUUUUGUCAGAUAAAUGUCAGAAUGGCUCAAUUCUAAAUUAAGUGACAGGGGAGGGCGUGAUGUUGUUGCUGCAGCUGAAUGCAUUUCCAAAUGUCAAACAGACACUGUCAAACAGACCAUAUGUGUAGCUGUAUAUUGAUGUUUGGUUAAAAAAAUAAAGUAAAAUAAAAUCCUU